CUCUCGAGAUCUUCAACCUCUCUUCAUUCCACUUCCUCGUCUUCCCUCGGUUUGUGAGCCUGUUUUUGAAGGCUGCAAUGGCAGACAAUAGCAAGAAGAAGAACAAGACCCCCCAACAACGAAUCCAACUGGAAGGAGAGCCGUCGAUAUGUUCUUUGAAGAAUCUGCAAGUGCUGCUACCCCAAGAUAUUCGAGAUCAUUUGGAUGGCCAAGAUGGGACAACAACAACAACCAAUGGAUCCAAGAAGAUGGAUCAGAUUCUAGAGGCCAUGAAAAUCCCCCCGGCUGCCACUGUGUGUCGAGUGAACCUUAUCCAAGGCACACGGGAGGAAAUCCAGGCCGAGUUGGAGGCAGAAUUGAAGCGUCUCGAUUUGCAGGACGCAUUCUCGGUACAACCCGAUUCAAUUUUGGACGAUGUUUUGCAAGUUGUGGCCAAUACUACCGAGACACCAACCAAAAAUCUUCAUCUCGCUGGUCCGGUGGAAGAUCCCCAAGCCCCGUUGGUAUUUCCCACUUGGCCGUCCCGUCAAACUCUAGGAUGGCCUCUGAAACAUCGAGCCGUGAUUGUGGAUCGAUUCUGUGGAGAAGCCGUCUUGCGAGGAUCUCAUAUUUUUGUCAAGGGCAUUAUGUGUGCCGAUAAGGGGAUCCAAGAGGGUGAAACCAUUGCGGUCUAUGCCGAUGUCCGAUCGACAAUUAGCAAGAAUCGACGAAUCAAACGAGGAUACUUUCUGGAGCAGUAUCGCAAUCGACUCUGUGUCUAUCUCGGAUUGGGAGUGGCCAUGUUCCAGCGCAGUGAUUUCUUUCGGCUCGAAAAAGGAGUGGGCAUUCGAAUGACACCCCAUGCUCGCGUGGGACCCAUGUUACCACCCAUUUCGGGCAUCCUUCCUUCCAAAGUGUACUUUCAAAACUUACCCUCUGUUUUGGUCGCUCGGGCUUUGGAUCCAAAACCGGGCCAUGUCAUUAUCGACAUGUGUGCGGCUCCCGGUGGCAAAACCAAUCAUGUGGCCAGUUUGGUUCGAAACAAUGCCACUAUCGUGGCGUGUGACAAGAGUCGGAAGAAGAUGAUUGCCGCGCAACAAAUGUUUCGGGAUAUGGGGGCCACUUGUAUCACUGCCUUGGCGCUCAAUACGACCGAUUGUGUGGUCCGCGACAACAACAGUGAAUGGCAAAGUGUGACCAACGUGCUCAACGCGGCACAACGAGCCCCGGACGGAUUGCUGGAUGUGACUGGUUUUUACCCUGAAUCCUUUGAUCGCGUGUUACUGGAUCCUCCCUGUAGUGCCUUGGGGUUGCGGCCGAAACUCCAAGUGGUCCAUACCAAACUGGCGGAACUACAGGACGCGUGUGCCUAUCAACGAAAGUUCAUUCGGGAGGCGGUGCAACUGUUAAAGCCAGGAGGGAUCAUGACAUAUAGCACUUGUACGUUCAAUGCGGACGAGAACGAACGAAUGGUACGGCACAUAUUGAGUGAAUACGAGACACUGGAGCUGUUGCCGGUCCUAGGCGGAGAGAAUUCGUCCAUUGCACUUGGGCAGCCGGGGUUGGCGGGGAUGGGGUUGAAUGACGAGGAACGGGGAUAUGUAAGGAGGUUUGAUCCUUUGCCGAGCGAAGCGGGGUGUGAUACGAUUGGAUUCUUUGUUGCCAAGUUUCGAAAGAGACAAGUCAGUUGAAUUUCAAUGCGUGAACUUGUUGGGAUUGAAAGGGCCAGACCAAGGGGGUUGCUACUGCUCCGGUGGGUACAUCGGGAACCAAGCAAAAAAUAGAGAAGAGACGUGACGUAAUGAUAUCGAAUAAAGGAAGCUAGCAGUUUUGUAUUGCUUUUAUCAUAGUGAACUUGAUG